UCUACGAGAGGUUGGCGCAUGCGACGCUUCUGAAAGACCGUUCAAGGGCACAAACCACGCUGCGCUUCUUAGCUCCACUCACAGUUUCCCUUCGUUUUGAGAAGGGCCAACGUCGUCGGCCGCGCGACCUGUGAGCCAUCCACCAUGGAGCAAGUAAGGCAAAACGGCCAAAAUCCAGGCGAAGAGAGCGCGCCGUUGAUGAUGAAGCCCGUCCACAAAGAUGGCGCCCCACUGCCAGCCGCCUCUCCACCGAAAAUCAAGAAACACCGAAAAGGAGAAAAACUCUUCGAUUUCAUUCCAUGUCGACAUGUAUUCGUUCUUAUGGGAUUCCUCGGUCUGCUGAAUGUCUAUUCCUUACGUGUCAACCUCAGCGUCGCUCUCGUGGCCAUGGUUAAAAGUGUCGACUCCGGAAACAAGCACCACAACUAUUCGGAAUGCUACUACGGUUACGCUAACGCUUCAGACGCGUACUCAAACAAGACGGAAGACCAAAAGCACGACACCGGCGAGUUCGAGUGGGACAGCUACACUCAGGGCAUCAUCCUGGGCUCCUUCUUCUACGGCUACGUGAUCACGCAACUGCCCGGAGGCCGCAUCGCCGAGGUGCUGGGCGCCAAGUGGAUGUUCGGCCUGGGCGUGUUCCUCACCGCGGUGCUCACGCUCGCCAUCCCAGUCGCGUCGAGGGCACACUACGGAGCGCUCAUCGCCAUCCGCGUACUCCAGGGACUCGGAGAAGGCGUCACAUACCCAGCAAUGCACUCGAUGCUAGCGCAGUGGUCGCCCAAGUUCGAGCGUUCCACGGCCACUGCACUGGUGCACGCCGGAGCCCACGUCGGUGCGAUGGCCGCGCUCACGUUUUCCGGGUUCCUCGCAGCGUCCACGUUUCUCGGCGGCUGGCCAGCUGUGUUCUACGUGUUCGGCUUCCUCGGCUGCGUGUGGUUCGUGUUUUGGAUGUACCUGGUCUACGACAGCCCCGAAGAACAUCCUCGAAUCACCCAGGAGGAAUACGACUACAUUCUGAUCAACCAGGGUGACGAAAAAGUACAGAAGAACUUGAAGAUACCGUGGAAGCCCAUCGCCAUGUCGAAGGGACUCUGGGCUCUUUCUCUCGCACACUUUGGAUCAAACUGGAUCUACUACACAUUCCUAACCAUUAUUCCUUCGUAUCUGGCCACGAUCCUCCUUUACGACAUCAAAAAGAACGGCCUGAUCUCUUCUCUCCCUUACCUCCUCACCACGAUCACCAGCUGUUUGGCGAGUGUUUACGCCGACGUGCUGCGGAAGAAAGGCAUCAUGAGCACCACAACCAUCCGAAAGUUUUUCAACACGUCCGCCGCCGUGGUGCCCGCACUCCUGCUGAUCGGGAUGCCGCUGGCCGGAUGCGACCGAGUUUGGUCCGUGGUCCUGCUCAGUCUCGCCGGGGCGGCGCUGGGCGUCCGAGAAGUGGGAUUCAUGGUCACCCACAUCGACAUGUCGCCCGAUUUCGCCGGCACACUUCUUGGGGUCACAAAUACUAUCGGAAAUCUGCCCGGAUUUCUCAUGCCAUACGUCGCUGGAGUGCUAACGAGCGAGGAGAACUCGAUCCGGACAUGGAGCUACUUCUAUUACAUCGCCGCAGCCGUGGGCAUCGUCUGUGCAGCCGCUUUCUUGUUCUUUGGCACCGCCGAGCUGCAGUCUUGGGGCAAGGGCGCCGAAGCACAGGAACCGGUUUACAUGGUCGAGACAGAGAAGCCGCCCAAGGAGGAGAACAAGACGGAAAGCUCGAGACUCUACAUCGUGGCGGCUCGCUACGUGUUCGCGCUGGCGGGCUUCUUCGGUCUGAUGCACCUGUACGUGCAGCGGCUCAACCUGAGCGUCGCCAUCGUGGCCAUGGUGCGCAUGACGGGCGACAAGAACCGCACCGCCGACACAGGCUGCAACUUCGACGACGUGGGAAACGCCUCGACCAGGGAACUGAUGGGUGACUUCGACUGGGACGAGCAGACGAAGAGCGCGGUGCUGUCGUCGUUCUUCUACGGCUACAUCCUGCUCCAGUUCCCGGGAGGGCGCCUGGCUGACCGAUACGGCGGCAAGCACCUCAUGGGCUCCGGCAUCCUGGUCUCGUCGCUGCUCACGAUGCUCACGCCGGCCGCCGCCAGACUGCACUACACGGCGCUCAUGCUCGUCCGAUUCCUCAUGGGAGUCGCCGGGAGCUGCUGCUUCCCAGCCAUGCAGGCGAUGCUGGCGCAGUGGGUGCCCAAGGCGGAGCGCACCAUCAUCUCCAACAUCGUGUUCACCGGCUCCUUCACGGGCACCGUGGUCGCCAUGACUUCGACAGGAGUCAUGAGUGACUCGGAAGUCUUAGGAGGCUGGCCAUCCGCCUUCUACCUCUUCGGCUUUACCGGUUGCGCCUGGUGCCUCCUGUGGUUCAUGAUGAUCCACAACAGACCCGUGGAGCAUCCGAGGAUCAGCCAUGGCGAACUGAUGUUCAUCACCGGCGGCAGCGUCAUCAUGCAGGGAUCCGCAGGCCUGAUGCCGAUUCCCUGGAAGGCUAUUCUGACGUCUCCGGCUGUCUGGUCACUGGCGGCCACACAGUGGGCGCACACCUACGGCUCCUACACGCUCAUGACCGAACUUCCCAACUACCUCAAGAACAUCCUCGGCUUCGGACUUACGCAGAACGGGAUUCUGAACGGGGCUCCGUACCUGGCGUUGUCCGUGCUCUCACUGAUCAUCGGAUGGACCUCAGACCUCGUCCGGCGGCGAAAUAUUGUUACGGUCACUACCGUCCGAAAAAUAUGUGAUUCCGUUUCGGCGUUCGGACCGGCUCUGUGCCUGUUAGCGGUGACCAUGGCGCCCUGCGAGCGGAUGCUGGCCGUCCUCUGGUUCUGGAUGGCCAUAUCUCUAAUCUCGUUCGCAAACUCCGGCUUCAACUGCACCCAUGUCGACAUGGCCCCUGCUUUUGCAGGUACUCUCUUUGGGAUCACAAACUGCAUAGGAAACACGACAGGAAUAAUAGCCCCUCAAGUCGUCGGUUACCUGACCGAAACCCAUAACAACGUGGAGAACUGGAAGACGGUGUUCUACAUCACGGCCGCCGUCUACGCCGUCGGUGGGCUGCUGUUCCUGCUGUUCGGAUCGGCCGAGCCGCAGGAGUGGGCCAUGGACGUGCCCACCGCUAGCCUGGACAUGUACCGGGAGCAGCAGAACCGCUCCCUGCAGUGCUGCAGCUGGUCCACGGUCUCCUACGCUCACAGCAGCCCGCUGCCGGCCAUGGUGUCUUACAACUCAUACACCAAUCAGGUUUCGACGAACUUCAGGAGCAGCCAAUGACCGCGCGCUGCCGCU